UCGACUGAGAGAGAAGACCCACGCAAACUGUUCACAGACUUGAACGGGACUCGAACCCGCAGCGCAGCCACCAUUCAGCUGUUUGUUGGCUCGAUGCGGUACUAUUGCUACGCCAGUUUCCACCGGUCAAGCAGCGUCUCAUCGGAGCGACUCCAGCGCCCCUCCCUGAAUGGGACCUCCUCCUAGAACCUUCAGCGCUGCUUUCUGCUCAUUUAUGGACUCCGCUGCCCUUCUUCCCGGACCGGGACUCCCCGAAUCUCCCCACUGAGCGGUUCGCGGAGACGCGCGCGCUGCCCAGGUGCGUCGGAGUAAACUCCUCCUCCUCCUCCAGCUGCAGUAGGAAGUGGAACAUGUUGAACGGCCGCGGACUCUCAGCUCGACUCCACCCGGCUCGGCUUCACCACCAGCGUGUGCUUUCUACGAGAUGUACUUGCGAUAAACAAGGGAAGCGCGGUCUAACUUCAACAGAAUGGUUUGGUGAUGAAGAAAAGUAAAGUAUGGUUCCUCCUUUGAUAAUCCCUGACCGCAGCUGACAGCCUGUGAAGCAACACAGUUCGCUGCCCCCAUCAGCAUACAGCCCACCGGGAUGGCAUCACCGGAAGAGGAAUCCUUGCAACGCAGCGGGAGCUUGUCCAACAGCCGUCUGCAGAGCAAGAAGCCACCUAGCCUGGUGAUCACUAUCCCACCUCCUGAUGUUCCUGACACAGCUGACUCUGUAAGCCAGCCCCUCAAUGUCCCUUCUGAACCAAACAUGGCUGUGCAUCCGUUCAGAGAAGCACUGUCAGAAGCUGACAUGACAGCAGGAGGGAGGAGGGCCAAUUACCAGCGUCAGACCUCCUUGUCCCAGAGCAUCCGCAGGAGCACAGCACAGUGGUUUGGGGUGGGCAGUGACUGCGAGAGCAAGCACUUACAGUGGCAAAGAAAGAGCCUGCGCCACUUCAGCCAGCGCUACGGCAAACUGAAGCCACAAUACCGGGAGCACGAGGCGCCAAGCUGGGACCAGGGCCAGGAGUCACCUGCCGCGUACAGGAUGCCCAGGAUAGUGGACCCUCUUGCACGGGGUCGAGCCUUCCGGUGUCCAGAUGAGACGGACCGACCCCGGACACCCCACACGGCCCAUCCUCCACUCACCCCCGGCAUGAGCUCCUUGUGCUCCUUCUCUAGCCAGCGGUCUGGGUACACACGCCUGCCACGCAGGAAGAGAGAGUCGGUGGCCCGAAUGAGCAUACGGGCUGCCUCUAACCUGCUGAAGGGCCGCCCUGGGCCUGCAGGCUCCCAGACUGGACGCAGCUUCCUCCGGCGUAGUUUUGCCCGGCCCAGCUGGCUUGAGGAGGACACGGUGGACACGGCGGACACCUCUGACUCUGUGUUCUUCAGCAAGGUUGAUGCUCAUGAAGAGAUGUACUCAAUGGCUGACGAUGUGUUUGAGUCACCUCCCCUGUCAGCUAACUACGCCUCACACUACCCACCCCAUUUUGGGGACAUGCCAGUAGUGGAGGAUCGACACUUAAAGGAUGACCCAAAGGCCCUGGCAGCAGCAGCAGGAGCAGAACCUUUUCCUCACCGGGGUCGCCGUAUAGCCUCACGUGUCAAGCACUUUGCAUUCGACAAACAAAAGCGGCAGUAUGGAAUGGGCGUGGUAGGGAAGUGGUUGAACCGGCACUACCGUCGCAGCAUCAGCAGCCAGGUGCAGAAGCAGCUGGAUGACUUUCACAGCCACAGGCCUUACUUUACCUACUGGAUCACAUUUGUGCACAUUGUCAUCACCCUCCUGGCUAUUUGCACAUACGGCUUUGCCCCCGUCGGCUUUUCUCAGCACUCCACCUCGGAGCUUGUGCUGAGAAAUAAGGGUGUUUAUGAAAGUGUCAAGUACAUCCAGCAGGAGAACUUUUGGAUUGGACCCAGUUCAGAAGAUCUGAUCCACCUGGGGGCAAAGUUCUCCCCUUGUAUCCGACAAGAUGAGCAGAUUGCCAAACUCAUUCAGAUGGCUAAGGAACAGGAGCGGGAGUCUGGCUGCUGUGUGCAGAAUGACAACUCUGGCUGUGUGCAGACGCAGCAAGCAGACUGCUCGGAGACAUUGGCCACCUUUAUAAAAUGGACUGCAGAGAAGGUGGACAUAAUAAGGUCAUCUGGCGCUGUCUGUCAUCAGGACCCUAGAACCUGUGAAGAGCCUGCCUCAGCAGCACCCCACGUCUGGCCUGAUGACAUCACCAAGUGGCCGAUUUGCACCUUUCCAAGCACAUGGAACCACACAGGCUUCAGGCAUAUGGACUGUAGCAUCAAGGGCAGACCCUGCUGCAUUGGAACCAAGGGCAGGUGUGAGAUCACAACACGAGAAUACUGUUCCUUCAUGCAUGGCUACUUCCAUGAGGAGGCCACACUCUGCUCACAGGUCCACUGCUUAGAUGAUAUAUGUGGCCUCCUGCCAUUCCUAAACCCUGAAGUGCCUGACCAGUUUUAUAGACUGUGGCUUUCCUUGUUUCUGCAUGCUGGCCUGCUGCACUGCCUGGUGUCUGUGGUGUUCCAGAUGACAGUGCUGAGGGACCUGGAGAAGUUGGCUGGCUGGCUGCGCAUCUCCAUCAUCUAUAUUCUGAGUGGCAUUACAGGGAAUCUGGCCAGUGCCCUCUUCCUGCCCUACAGAGCAGAGGUGGGACCAGCUGGCUCCCAAUUUGGACUUCUGGCCUGCCUGUUUGUGGAACUCUUCCAAGGCUGGCAGGUGCUGGAGAAACCAUGGAAGGCCUUCCUGAAACUUCUUUGCAUCGUGCUGUUUCUCUUCCUGUGUGGCCUGCUGCCAUGGAUCGACAACAUCGCCCACAUCUUCGGCUUCCUCAGCGGCCUGCUGUUGUCCUUUGCUUUCCUGCCCUACAUCACUUUCGGCAUAUUUGACAAGUACCGUAAGCGUGUGCUCAUCCUCCUCUCACUGCUGGUGUAUGUGGGCUUGAUCUCCUCACUGUUGGUCUGGUUCUACGUUUAUCCCAUCCACUGGCACUGGCUGGAGCACCUCACCUGUCUGCCUUUCACCAACAAGUUCUGUGAGAAGUACGACAUUGACCAUGUUGUACACUAGUAUUGAGCUACUUGACCGUGACCUCCAACACCACAAUGUGCCCUUCUCUGAAAUGGAAUCCUCUGAGAGGAAAUGGCCAAAAAAUAAACUGCAUAAUUGCAUUGGGCUGGGCAACCUAUUAAAUAUUUACGCUAUGAUUUGAAAAUGUGGGAUGACUUAUAGUAAUCACUGUAUAGUGUUCAACAUGGAACGUUACUUCCUGGAAUUGCAAAAGGGACCUUCAGGAUGUGGCCUGCUCAUACAUAGAAUACGGCUAUGCUUUAUGCCAGUAGUUCCAAAGACUUCUUAAAAAUUACAACUUUGACCAAACUUUUUUUUUUUUUUUCCUUCAUCGUAAUGUCCUGCCAACACUGAGCUUUUGACUGUUUUAACACUACAUGCAAUAUAGUCAUUACUGUCUCAUUUUAUCACAUUGGUUUCCAGUCAUUUGUUACAAAAUUAGUUGGUGAAUUGUGGUAAGAUCUAAUUUUGUUGGGGUAACUUGGGGCUUUGUGAAACUUUUUUUCCUUGACUAAUUUAUGUGUUCUGUUUUGUCUUAUGGCUGUAGCGUUAUGACAGCCUAGUCCAGUAACUUAUAGAAGUGCUAGAUCACAACAGCCAAGCAAGGGCAUGGUGCAGUUCGAUGCUUUUAGGGAUGCAUGUAGGGAUGGCUUAGAGCUAGAGUGUCCGGUCCUGCUCCCGGGGGGUGCCAAACCUGAAGGAUUUUGCUUCUCAAUCAGUUAUUCAGUGUUUCAAAGAGCCUCUUGCUCUGUAGAAUCGUCUGUGAUAAAGUAGGGGUGAAACAAGAAUCCUGCAGGAUGACCUCAAGGACUACAGAAAUAAUAAUGUUGGUAAAUCCUUUCAGGCUCUGCGUCACUUCAGGUUAGAGUUAACAACAUACUAUGCGAGUCAUUUGUAGCCAAAUUUAAGCCAUGUUAAUAUGCAGUAGUCCUGUUCCAUGUGUCCUGACCAUUGUAUUUUUAAACUGUGAUCAUAGGUUUUUUUAAAGGAGACGUGAGCCAAGUUCAGGUCAGCUAUCUAUCCGACGGACUCUUUCAUUCGUCAAACUGUGUGUAUAGGGGUUGUGUUAUAACUACAAUUUAAGUGACUGAAAUAGUCUGCCCCAGUCCAAUGCGCUGUCCAUAGAGGUGGGUAGAAUGUUAAAAGUCCACUUCCUGCUGCGUGUUGGGAUUAGAACUCAUCAACCUGUAGGUACUUAAGGCUGAAAAAGGAUGACUGGGGAAUGGAUUAAACCCUAAUUGAGGAGCACCAACUGGUGGGAGGCUCUGCUUAGUCAUUUUAUUUACACAGUAAGCCACUUUUGCAGUGUUGGAUAGCUAUGGUUGGCCCUUUCCAAUUUUUCCACUGGGAUGC